AUGAAAUUCCUGCUAAUCCUCUUCUGUCUCGUUAUAGUGUUCGAAGCGAAAUUUAUUAGGCCGAAAAGGUGUCUUCAGGACCCAGACAAAGGAAAAUGUAGCCUCAAGAAGUUAUGGUGGUAUUUCAACCAAAAAUCGGGAAAAUGUGAACGAUUCGAGUACAGCGGUUGUGGUGGAAAUUCAAACAACUUCCCGACAUUUACUGGUUGUAGAAAAGUUUGCAAACCUGAUUGA